UAUUUAUACCCCGCCCUCCCGCACAUUCCUUCCUCACCAACUCCGGCGGCCGGCGUGCAGCUAGCGGUGCUCGCUCCUACUCGUACGUAUCUUACGAUCUGCUUCCAGGCUCCAGCUCGCUAGCUAGUGCCGUCUUCGGACGCAACGCAAAGCAUACAAAGCUUAGCUUUGGUGAACAUGGCGCCUCAGAGCUUGGACCUUGGGCUGAGUCUCGGCCUGGGCCUGGCGGCGCUGCAGCCCAGCUUCUGCUACUCCGGCAAUGCCGCCGCCGCCGCGGCCGAGCGGGAGGCAAGCCCAACCGCGGCGGAGGAGAGGGAGAGGAGGUGCUCGCCUGCCGGCAGCCCGGUGUCGAGCGGCAGCGGAAGUGGUGGAAAACGUGCCGCGGCGGAGAGGUCGGCCGGCGCCGGCAGCGGCAGCGGCGACGAGGACGACGACGGGGCCGCGCGCAAGAAGCUGCGGCUGUCCAAGGACCAGGCCGCCGUGCUCGAGGAGUGCUUCAAGACGCACCACACCCUCACUCCGAAGCAGAAGGUGGCGCUGGCGAGCAGCCUGGGCCUGCGGCCGCGGCAGGUGGAGGUGUGGUUCCAGAACCGCCGCGCCCGGACCAAGCUCAAGCAGACGGAGGUGGACUGCGAGUACCUCAAGCGCUGGUGCGAGCAGCUGGCCGAGGAGAACCGCCGCCUCGGCAAGGAGGUCGCCGAGCUCAGGGCGCUCAACGCCGCGGCGGCCGCGCCGGCGCCGGCGCCCCCGCUGACCACGCUCACAAUGUGCCUCUCCUGCAGGCGCGUCGCGUCAUCGUCCCCCUCUAACGCUUCGUCCAGAAUUCCCGCCACGCACGCGCACGUCGCUGCCAAUGCUGGCGGCAUGGCGUCUCCGGCGGCGGCGACGUUGCCCGGACACAGGCAGUUCUUCUGCGGGUUCAGAGACGCCGGCGCGGCAGCGUACGGGACUUCAUCUGGGCUCGCAAAGGCUGUCAAGGCGGCCAGAUAGCCGUCCGCUGAUCUGAAAUUUGCUCUACUCUCAGAGUAGCUCCGUCGUCCGAGUCAUGGAAAUGGCGAAGUUACAACUGCAAAGCAAUUGUAGCUAAAAAGUUUGAAUCUUUCUGUAUCUUUUGAGGGAAAUGCAAAUGUAGUUUUUAACAAAGUUAGGAUCGGUUUGUUGAGUUCCCCUGAGGAUCGAUGUAAAUCCAUGUGAAAAGCUGUGGAAAUCAAUAACAGUAGACGAAGCUAACCCUCUGUACCAGAGUUUUGAUUAUCUAAUACUGAUGGAACGCCCCU